AUGGCUAAGCUCGAGUUGUUCAGCUACUGGCAAAGUAGUUGCUCCUGGCGCGUUCGGAUUGCCCUCGCAUGGAAAGGAAUCCAGUACGAGUACUAUCCAGUACAUCUGCGUGGGGUGGAUGGUGGGGAACAAAGGCAAAACGCGUUCCGAAUUCUGAAUCCCAACCAGCGCGUUCCUGUGGUGCUCAUGGAUGGGCGUGUAAUUGCCCAGUCCGGUGCUAUCCUCGAGUAUUUGGAAGAGGCUUACUCGGCGAAGCCAUUGCUGUCGAGUGACUUGUUUGAGCGCGCCCAAGUGCGUAAUUUGGCUGGCAUCAUUAGUUGCGACACCCAGCCGGCUCAGAGCAUGGGCUUGUCUGCCAAGGUGAGGUGUCAGUUGAGAAAUCUAGUCGCAGACUUACAGUCACCGGCCAGCGAGGAGGAGCGCCAAGCGCUCGUAGUGGCUUGGAACAAGCACUGGAUCGAGCGUGGCCUACGUGCCGUGGAGGAAGAUUUGACACGCUGCGCUGGCCGUUACUGCGUGGGUGACGAAGUGAGCUUGGCGGACGUGUAUCUGCUGCCGCAGGUGCACAACGCGCGCGCAUGCAACGUGAUCCUGGCCGAGUAUCCGACGAUCUCACGUAUCGUGGGCGAGCUGGAGCAGCUGCCGGCGUUCGUGAGUUCUCGUCCAGACAAGCAGCCGGACGCCAUCACCGAAGUGGACAUGUGA